GGAUGAUCAAGGAAACUUCUAUUUUAGAAGAGUACCAUAUUAACUGGACUCAGAAGUUGGGAGCUGGAAUCAGCGGCCCAGUAAGAGUCUGCAUGAAAAAAUCGUCUCAAGAACGGUUUGCACUGAAAAUCCUUCUUGAUCGCCCAAAAGCGAGAAAUGAGGUUCGACUGCACAUGAUGUGUGCAGCACAUCCCAACAUUGUCCAGAUUAUUGAAGUCUAUGCGAACAGUGUACAGUUCCCCCAUGAGUCCAGUCCAAGGUCUCGGCUUCUAAUUGUAAUGGAGAUGAUGGAAGGGGGUGAACUGUUUCACAGAAUCAGCCAACAUCGGCACUUUACUGAGAAGCAAGCAAGCGAAGUAACAAAGCAGAUAGCUUUGGCUUUGCAGCAUUGUCAUUCUUUAAACAUUGCCCAUCGAGACCUCAAGCCUGAGAAUCUUCUUUUCAAGGAUAAUUCUUUGGAUGCCCCUGUGAAGCUGUGUGACUUUGGGUUUGCCAAGAUAGACCAAGGUGACUUGAUGACCCCACAGUUCACUCCUUAUUAUGUAGCACCUCAGGUACUAGAGGCACAAAGAAGGCAUCAGAAAGAAAAGUGUGGGAUCAUCCCUACCUCACCCACCCCAUACACAUACAACAAGAGCUGUGACUUAUGGUCCCUGGGCGUCAUCAUUUACGUGAUGCUGUGUGGGUACCCACCUUUUUACUCUAAGCAUCACAGUCGGACAAUUCCGAAGGACAUGAGGAAAAAGAUCAUGACGGGGAGCUUUGAGUUCCCAGAGGAGGAAUGGAGCCAGAUCUCUGAAAUGGCAAAGGACAUUGUACGCAAGCUGCUGAAGGUGAAGCCAGAGGAGAGACUGACGACAGAAGGCGUUCUGGAUCACCCUUGGCUCAACUCGACGGAGGCGCUUGAUAACAUAUUGCCUUCUGCCCAACUCAUGAUGGACAAGGCCAUGGUUGCUGGGAUCCAGCAGGCACAUGCAGAGCACCUGGCAAACAUGAGAAUACAGGAUCUCAAAGUAAGCCUCAAGCCCCUGCAUUCGGUCAACAACCCAAUUCUGCGCAAAAGGAAAUUGCUGGGAACAAAACCAAAGGACAGUGUGUAUAUCCAUGAUCCUGAGAACAGCAGCAAGGACUCCAACGUUGCUCUGGAGAAGCUUCGGGAUGUGAUUGCUCAGUGCAUCCUGCCACAGGCUGGUAAAGGAGAAAAUGAAGAUGAGAAACUGAACGAAGUGAUGCAGGAAGCAUGGAAGUAUAACAGGGAGUGUAAAUUACUAAGAGACACCCUCCAGACUUUUAGCUGGAAUGGUAGAGGAUUCACAGACAAAGUGGACCGGCUAAAACUGGCAGAAAUAGUGAAACAAGUUAUUGAAGAACAGACGACCUCUCACGAGUCUCAGUAGUUGGAGCUGCUUGUUCUUAUCAAGUCACACAUACUCUCACCCCUUUUUUUAAAAGACCAUUUUGUGGAUUAUCUGUUAAAGCAGGCUUGCCCAACCGGGUGCCUUCCAGAUGUUCUGGUUUGGGAUGAUAACAGUGGAAAGCACCUGCUUGGGCAAGCCUGCUCUAAACUGUAAAAAGUAUUUUUAUGUAAAUUAAUAAGUCAUAAUUAUUUCAUUAAAUUUUCACGCAGCUUGAGAAAUGCUGUAUAGAUGUAGAUAAUGAGAAUCAUUGGUACUGUAAUAUUUUUUUAAAAACUCAGUUCCUCAAAAUUAUAUAUAUAUAUUAUAUAUUACAUGAUUUUUAUGUACCACUUCAUUCAUGACUUUAAAUGGGGCAAAUUAUCAAUUGUGUUAUCCUGAGUAUCCACAUGAGACAGUGUCUCUCCAGCUGCCUGUCACCAAUGGUGUACCAGCUCAUUUCUGUUGGCCUCUGUUGGCCUUCAGCUCAAUAAAUUACUUGAAGAAAUCAGUCAGAGAUUUAUGAGCUACUCAGCUGCCUGGUCAUUUCUUUCAAGGCAGCCAUGUAAAAAGUGAGCGCAUCUUGUGAUUGCUAAAAAAGAAAAAGUGUUUCCAGGUCUCAAGGCCAUCUCAAGCAAAGGGUUGCCUUUUUCUCUGCUUCCUUGCGCGAAGCGAAGGAGGACGGAAAGCUGCGGCUCGCUGGUUUUUACCAGUUCAGCAGAGAGAGCUGUACCUGUUUCUAGUUUUCUCUCGGACAGCACCCUUGCUUUUUCAGCCAGGCCUGGGGACAGUCCUACAGAUUGACUUUGGUGCAGGUGCCUGCGCCCUGUAGCCGCUGAAGUGCUGAUUCAAGGAUAUAUGUGGGCGUCUCAUUCCCCACCAUCACCUCCGUCGUUUGCCGUCUCUGGGUGGUGGGUGCUUCUCCUCCUCAACCGUAUCAUCUCGUCCGGCUUCCUUGCUGUAUUCUGUUUCUGCUUUCUGGGCUCAUCACUCCAACGCUGUCUUGCCCGUCUCGUGGACUUGGUGUACUACAGCCGCUGUUUCGCUCCUGCAGUUUUCAGUGAGAACCGUUUGAUGGGAAGGCGUGCAAGUGUGUGACUCUAGUUUUGGUUUUCGUUCUUUAGCUUGUGACAGGAAGCACAGGAAGAUGUUGCCGUCGGGAGGGCUGUAAGGGCUAAGCCGCAUCUGGAAAGCUGCAGCCUCUGUCUGCGGCUGGUUCGGUUGAUAAACACUGACUUUCCAUCUGGUCUGCAGAUAUCCCAAGAGUGCACGCUGAGAAACAGGUCAGGAAGUUUCUCUGGGGAUACCCACAAGCAUAAAUGACGCCAUGCCAGAAAAGGAGAGAGCGUUUUAAUCCGGAGGAAUGAAGUCCUCUGCCAUAAAAAAACUGCAGAAGUAGGAAGGUGUUUUUCAUGCUCUGCAGAAGACCAAAGUGAGGUGAAUUUUAGCACCAGCUUUUCAAAAUUGCCGGCUGAUUAAUUUCUUCAGUCAGUUAAGCAGAAACACUUUUAUCCUUUUGUAGAUAUAGUGUUUUCCCACCAAGGAUGCCCACGAGGUGGCAUUCUGUUUUUCUACAGCGAUUGGUAUUCAUAGUGUUGAAAGUAUUUAAUAAGCCUUUUCUUUGCGGCUUCUGUUUCUCGGUUUUCUCUAGCUUAGGGGAAGUUUUUAACGGAUGCACUUUGGCUGGUGUGAAUAGUCGGUCACAGAAGCCGUGUGGCACCAUACGAAAGGCAUACUUGCUCUCGCAUUAGUUUCCCUACCCUGUCGUCCCCCAGGCGAGGAAGGUUUGGAGCUCCCAGGAAUUCCCUGGCAGUCUCUUCUUUCAGUGGGAAGCAGCUGGAUCCAGCAGCAGCUGCUGCCAGAAGACCACAUUUGUCUUGCUGCGUUGGCAUCCAGACCAGUUUCAUCUUUUGGAAGAUUACAGGGAAGCUAAGGCUGCCGUGAGAAAGCAAGGCUUGGAGAUCAAAUACUCACUUAGUUUUAUUUAACUUUUGCUUGACUAGUGUGGGUUUUUUUUUGAGAUGAAGCUUUUUUACUUCUCUCUGCCUGCCACCCUAAUUCAUUGAACUUGGCCCAGUGGCUGGGCUCUUUUGACCAGUUAUUCUUUGCAUGUGCUCUAUAUUUCACUGAUCCUACGAGAAAGCGGGCCCCGGAUUGCCAUCUUGAAAGAAACAAGCCUAGGCGGUCGAAAGUCUCUCUCCCCUAACAACAACGCUGAUGGUUCAAGAGGCAUAGAUCCAUUUUGCAUGCGUCAGCAGCUCUGCACUUUGCUCCUGAGAAGUGCCCACCUCAGUUUUGGCUGUCUCUGCUGGAGUGAACUGAGCGAGCUCCACACGGGCUAAAGAGAAAUCUUCACACGGGGUAGGAAUUAUCUGCCACAAUAGCUAUUUUGUGAAAUACGGCAGGAAGCAAAUGGAUGAAAAUCAUGUCCCCUGAACUACGCGUUGGCUCUGACCACCCACCCCAAAUCCACCCUGGCAUUAGUUCUGCAUGAUGCUGUACACGCCUUAGCUUUCGCCCACCUGAACUCCCCCGGAUGUACGGGGACUACAGCUCUCAUCAUUGGGGGUUGGGCAUUGUAGUCCAACAUGUUCAGGGAGCCUCCGCUUUGGGAAGGCUGCUGUCGAGAAUAGCUGUGGAAAACGUAGAAAAUUUUUCCUUUGGAGGGAAAAAAAAAAGCAUCCUUUUAUCAAAAAUACUAAAGUUUGGUCCUGGAGAUGGAUUUUACUGGGGUUUCCUUUUGCAAAGCUUUUCAUAUGCAUCUCCCCCACCCUAUUUUUUUUCUUGUACCUUCGGAAGGAAAAAUCCGCACCGAUGGGCAAAAUCCCUAGAGAUGAUUGACGGUCCCUAGAGACACAGUCCACGAGGGUGUGUUCUGAGACUGGGAACGGCAUUGCGCAUGUACGUUUCUGGCCACGCUGUAGCCGACAUUCAGCUGUUAUGUUCAGUCUCGCCUUCCCCAUCAUCGUUUUGCCUUCAUCACUUCUUUGGUCACUUUGCUGUAUCACGGUUCUCUUUUUCGAAUCAGUAUUAUAUGAAUGUAAAUAUUAUGCAUUGGUGUACAUAAAAUAAUUUUAGUAAAAUUUAUCAAAAGCUUC